AUGGCGACAUCUUCACCCAGCGUCGAGCGCGCUAUCCGAAUCCUGGUCAUCAACCCCAAUACUUCCACCCAUAUGACCGAUGGCCUCAAACCAAUACUGGAGCGACUCAACUAUUCCGAUGUACAAUAUGAAUACUUUACAGCGCCAAACAAGCCAGUGACGGUAGACGGACGCACCUACGAGCCCAUCCCCAGUAUCAAUUCAGGAGAGGAAUCCGCCCAAUCGGCACUCAAUUGCUGGUCAGUCUUGGACCGGAUCUCGCAAUAUGAUGCAUUCCUGGUGGCGUGCUAUUCGGCCCACCCACUAGUGGGUGUAUUGCGACAGCAUAUCCGAGAAUUCGAGAAGACCCAUCCGUCCAACCGUAAGAAGUAUGUGACGGGCAUUUUUGAAGCCAGCGUUACUGCUUCGCUAUCGUUGAUCAGUGCAUUCGACUUUGUGAGCUUGGGAGAAUUGGACAAGAAGCAGGUUGAAGAGUCGUUUGGAAUCGUGACCACCGGCAGUGCCUGGAAGGAGGAGCUUAGCAAGGCCGUUACUCAGAUGCUUGGCACCAGCCACGGCUCUUCUCGUUUCGCCGGUGUUGAGACAACUGGAUUGACGGCAGUGCAGCUUCACACAACCCCGCCCGAAGAAGUGAAGCAAAGGAUCAUCGAUGCUACCCAGAAACUGCUUCGGGAGUCACCAGUCCCCGUGGGUGCCAUUUGUAUGGGAUGCGCGGGGAUGGCAGGAAUGGAAGAGGCUGUACGAGAGGGAUGCAUACGUGUUUAUGGGGAUAUUAAGGGACAGACAGUGAGGAUUGUUGAUGGUGUGGUUGCAGGAGCUGGAACACUAGUGACAUCGUGCAAGGCAGGAUUCUGA